AUGAGCUCGACCACGCACAGCUCUUCGCCUGAACCUGCCGGCCCGGCCACCUCGCACCCCGUGUCCUCGCCUCCUCGUCCUCCUCCCCCUCCCCGCACCGACGACGCCGACCAGCAGCUGGCCCCCUUCCGCCUCCUGGAUUUGCCCGCUGAGCUCGUCGUCCAUGUCGCCCAUCUCGUCGACGAGCGCGACCCCUCGCCCACGUUCCCGAGCGGGCCCUCGAGCGAGCUCCUCGCCCUGUCGGCCACGAGCCGCUUCUUCCACGCCGUGUGCCAGCCCCUCAAGUGGCGCUCGGUCAAGUUCGUCCCCGACACGGUCCUGCGCCCACGCGCCUACCGCAAGAAGCGCGACAUGCGCGCCCUCGAGGCCAUCCUCCGCACCCGUGCCCACCAGCAGCAGCCGCUCCCCAUCGUCGCCCUGUGCGUGUCGGACCUGUCGGCCGACAACGACGAGCUGUGGGACCUUGACGACGAGGACGAGCUCCCAAAGGAGGAGGCCGCCCUCGCCCGCGUCGUCGAGCGCCUCGCCGCAACCUCGCUCCAGGUCCUGUUCCUCAGCGGCUUGGAGCUCCACCGCGACCUCGGCGACUCGAUCCUGCGCGCCAUCGCCACGUCGCCCAAGAUGUCGGCCGUGCGCUUCAACCAGGUCGACUUCUACCCGGACGAGCCGCGCUGCGUGCGCGACUUUGCCCAGCUCGACCACAUCAAGACGCUCCAGAUCAUGCACUCGGACUCUGAAAUCUCGGAGCUCGUCGCCAAGUGCCCAAACGUCGACAGCCUCCUCCUCUGGCCCUCGCUGCGCCGCGUCGGCCGCCACAUGCCCGCCGUCAAGAGCUUCCUGCCGCACCUGCGCAACCUGUCGCUCGACUCGGUCCACGAGGCGCGCGUGUUCCGGGUCAUCGCCGACGAGAUCAUCCGCCUGUCCGACAGCGGCAUCGACCUGCCGCUCGAGGAGCUCUUCCUCGAGGGCCCUUGCGUCCCGGAGGACCUCGCCGUCCUCGUACAGGCCGUCGGCCGACUGCCCUCGCUGCGCCGCCUCGCGCUGUACCAGGCGCAGGAGCCCAGGCCCGCACUCGUCGCCGACCUCGCCCAGGCGGCGCCCCAGCUCGAGGCGUUGACGCUCGUCGCCGGCGACUGCCAGGAGGCGGUCUCGUGGCCCGCACCCCUCGACGCCUACCUGACGCAGCUCGCCAAGUUCACCAAGCUGCGCUUCUUCGCGUGGGACCGCCUGUCGCCGCGCGGCCCGCUCGAGCAGGACCGGCGCGCCGUGCGCCAGCUGCAGGUCGAGUACGCGACGCUGAGCCGGCUCGGCGGGGUCUGCAAGAGCCUGAGGGAGGCCGUGUGCAUCACGAGCGACGUUAGCGAAGGGUCGUCCGGUUUCUUCGCGACGUACACGAGGGAGAAGGGCGCCAGGGUGCGCAUCGCCGUCAAGCAGAAGACUGUCAACGACUUCUUGAUCGCGUACGACCGGUGGAUCAAGGUGGAGGAGGACUGA